GCCGCGGAUUUGCCUGAUCUGCGGAAUAGAGACCUGAGGAAAUGCUUGGAAAACGAUCACCCCUACGCUGGUACCUCCUGGCUGUCCUGAGGGUCUGCCUUGCUGGUUUUGACGCCCCGGCCGGCAACGAUCUCCUCGCCUCCCUUUUUGGGCCACCCUGUGACUGCCGUGGAGGGUAUACACGGGUAACACCGCAGCGGUUCUCUUACUCCAACGACUGCAAUGAAUACACCGCCUAUCUCACCUAUCGACCAUCCACCGGUGGGGGAUUUAAGCAAUGGUGGGAGUGUGUCGCCAAACCCCGAGUCAUUCCCUCUCUGCCUGGGUCCCCUGGUCCCUGCCCCUCCCCCUGUCGCUACUAUCAAGCUAUUCAUUCCCUUUGCUAUAACAGCGUCCAGCAGUGUUCUUCUAAUAAUAAGGUUUAUUUGACGGCAGUUCUACAGCAAGCCUAUGCAGGAACCUUUGGUGGGGAAACCUCCGCCACUCUCCAGGGACAUACGAACAAAUAUGCCCAGGCGUCUUGUUCGUCUGCCGAUGUUGGCCACGAUGUCUGUUGGCCCGAACGUGCACCCCUACAUGUAUCAGACGGAGGGGGCCCUUCUGACAGAGCCAGAGAACAUGAGGUCCAGCAGCACAUUGAGGAACUCAUUCGGGCCCAAUUCCCCUCCCUCCAUUAUCAUCCUCUUGCGCGUCCCCGGCCUCACAGAUUGAGUCUCGAUAGUCAGACGUCUGUCAUUUUGGAAUCCACUCACCUUAUGCUAAAUAAGACCAAUCCUGUGUUGGCUGCGGACUGCUGGCUUUGCUUGCCCCUCGGUACUCCCAUUCCUAUGGCGUUACCCCCCCUUGGUAACCUUGCUCCUGCUGAAAAUCCUUCCCUUCCGGUAAAUUGUUCCCUAGGCCCCCCUUUUAGGAUUCAACCGAUCCCUUUGAAUCAGUCACUCUUUGUAGCCCCCUGCUUUGAGGGUACCACUCCCAAUGCCUCUGUCUCCAUUGAUGUGGGUUUUCUCCCUCAUGUGAAUUGUUCCUCUGUCCUUUGUACUAGCAGUUUCCUGUGUCCCCCUCUAGGCCAUGUUUUUCUCUGCGGAGGGAAUAUGGCGUUCCCAGCGUUGCCCGUAAAUUGGACUGGUUAUUGCUCCAUUGCCUCCGUUCUACCUGAGAUGGAUAUUGUUCCAGGGAACGAGCCUGUUCCAGUUCCCAGCCUCGACUUUAUGGCUGGAAGACAUAAAAGGGCCGUAUUUGCUAUUCCCUUGCUUGUUGGCUUGGGCAUUACGGGAGCCCUUGCGACAGGGUCUGGGGGCUUGGGAGUCGCCAUACACUCCUAUAAUAAACUCUCUGCACAGCUCAUUGAUGAUAUCCAAACCUUAUCAGGAACUAUUAGUGAUCUCCAGGACCAGAUCGACUCUCUAGCCGAGGUGGUCUUGCAGAACAGAAGGGGAUUGGAUCUCUUGACAGCCGAACAAGGGGGUAUAUACUUGGCCUUACAGGAGAAAUGUUGCUUCUAUGCUAAUAAGUUCGCUCUAACCUUCGGUCCUUGGGUGUUCCGGAAGAUCACCUCCUAUGUCAAACAACAGCUGGACAAGGCCUUGUCCAAACCUAUUCAGGUCCAUUAUUGUCGGCUGGAUACUGGCAACCCUGAUCUUUAUACCGACAUUGGCCGGUCCCAAGGAUUAGUCUGA